AUGCCGGUUGGUUGCCCAAUGCAUAUCACUCUGCAAAAACUUAAAGCUUUGAAGCUUUGCCUUAAGGACCGGAACCUCAACGUCUUUGGGAAUGUUCAUAGACAACUGGAAGAAGCUCGUGGUAAGCUAGCUAAUAUUCAAUACACUAUUUCUUCCAAUGGGUACAAUGAACAACUUUUCUCGGCUGAAGUCGAGGCAAAAACGGCUGUGCUUGAAGCAACCCGGCGUCAAGAAGCUUUUUGGCGGGACAAAGCUAAGGUCAAAUGGCUAACAGAUGGGGACAAAUGCACAGCUUUCUUUCAUGCAUAUGCUAGAAACAAGACAGCUAGAGCUACUAUAAAUUAUCUUCAUGAUGGUCGUUCACUUCUAACUGAUUUGGAUGACAUAUCCAAUCAUGUGGAGUUUCGUCUGCAGAGGUAUAAGAUUGAGAAUAAUACAACAGGGGAUCAUGUACAUGAACGAGGCGAUGAUGAUGUUGGUGCCAAUUUAAACCGGAGCUUAUUUGGAAAAAGUACUAAAGUGAAGUGCCUGAGUGAUGCUGGAUUUUUCCCCGACGAGGUUGAUAUAUCUGGUGAACCUACAUUCAGGAAGUUUUUUAGUGGUGUAGUAAGCUUGCAGGGGGUGAAGAAGAAUCUGCCACGAUUUUGUACGAGACACCUUGAUCCUACUUCAUGCUUCUUCCCUCAGAACUUAAUCUCCGGGAUCAAAACCCCUCUAUUUAUACUCAACUCAGCAUAUGAUAUAUAUCAGUUCUAUGCCAUUUUAGUUCCGGCAUCAACAGAUCCCAAUGGCUUGUGGGACAAUUGUAAAUCAAACAUUACAAACUGUUCUCCAUCUCAGUUACAAAUAAUGAAAGGUUAUAGGAGUCAAAUGCUGAAUCUACUAAAACCAAUCUCGAAGUCUAAGCAAAAUGGGAUGUCUAUAACUUCGUGUUAUGCGCAUUGUCAAGCUCAGUAUCAAGUCAUGUGGCAUGCUGAUAACUCUACACUUAUUGGCACUAAGACAAUCUCGCAAUCUGUCGGAGAUUGGUAUUUUGAUCGGGCAGAAGUUAAGGUCUAUGAUGAAGGUUGCCACUAUUUGGUACCUCAAUAA